AUGGCCACCAAGUCUGCGACCUCCAUUCUCCAAGAGCUUACCUUGGCAGCUAAAGAAUUCGAGAACAAUGAAGCUGGUGCAAGGGAAUCCCUAAUUGCUCAUAGUAGAGCUCUGAUCUCCGCCCUUGAAGUUCCGAGCGAGUUUAUUCAACACACUUUCUGGUCUCAGCCCGCACUGUCCGCUAUUAUCAGGCUUGCUGCUGACGUCAAUCUUUUUCAACACUUGAAAGAUGCCGCGGGUAAGGGGAUAGAUUGUGAAGCUCUGUCUUCGAAGACGGGCGUUGAUGUCAGCCUUCUAUCGCGCUUGGCCAGACAUCUCGUGGCUAUGAAUGUGAUUACCUUUCAGAAUGGAGCAUUCCAUGGCACAGAUCUGAGCGAUAGCCUUGCCGCCGAGAACUAUCAACACUCCAUCCGCUUUUGUCAUGAUGUGUCAAGGCCCUCGUUCAAUGAAUUCCCAGAAUUCUUCAAGAGCAAUGGGUACAAGACCCCCACGCUGAGUGGAACUGAUGGUCCAUUCCAAGCUGCUCAUAACACUGAGCUCACCUUUCCCCAAUGGCUGGUCAACACACCCCCCUAUCUGCAGUAUUUCCACUCUUACAUGAGUGCCUACCGCGCUGGAAAACCAAACUGGUGCGACACCGGUUUCUACCCUGUCUCAGAGCGUCUCCUUUCCGGGUUUGAUGCCUCUGUCAGCGAUGUUCUGCUGGUUGAUGUGGGCGGUGGUCGAGGGCACGACCUCGAGACAUUUGCCUCUAAAUUCAGUCCUCUUCUAGGAAGGCUCGUGCUUCAGGAUCGAGAACAAACCAUUGCGAGCAUGUCGCCCGAUGAAUCCCGCCAGUUUGAAGCGACGGCUCAUAACAUCUUCACGCCGCAGCCGGUCAAAUACGCUCGGGCGUACUACAUGCACUCUGUUCCCCAUGGCUUCGGAGACGAGGAUGCAAUCAAGAUUAUGGCAAACCUUGUGCCUGCGCUGGCGAAGGGAUACUCCCGAGUUCUUUUGAAUGAGAUUGUCGUUAGCGAGGAGAAACCAAUUCUAGCGGCAACUAAUAUGGAUAUGAUUAUGUUGGCCCACUUGGCAGUGAGGGAAAGAACAGAAGCUGAAUGGAGAUAUAUUUUCACCCAGGCAGGAUUAAAGGUGAUCAACAUAUAUUCGUAUCCGGGCGUGGCGGAGAGUUUGAUUGAAGCAGAGCUCGCCUAA